UGUGAUAGUAUUCCAUUAGUGCUCACCCUAUUUAUUAGGACAACAAUAAGUGAGUAAGAAGAUACGGCUACUUAUAUAGUUCAUCUUCAAUUCGGACACGAUAUCAGAAAAGUUGGCAAAGAUGUUUAAUUUGGUGUCAGUCGCUUUACUCCUCGUAUUAAUCACAGCCUCUUAUCUUUUCCGACCAAAGAAGAACUCACCACCAAGUCCGGUGGGUUUCCCCGUCAUCGGACAUCUCCAUCUUCUCAAAGAGCCUGUCCACCGUUGCCUCCGUGACCUCUCUCAUCACCUCGGUCCCGUGUUCUCACUCAAACUCGGCUCUUGUCGUGCCGUGGUCGUCACGUCAGCUUCCGCUGCUGAAGAGUUCUUAACUCACCAGAACGACAUCGUUUUCGCGAACAGGCCUAUCAGUACUUUGGGUGUAUACGCUGGUUACAACAACACGAUGGUUAGCGCAGCUCCUUACGGCGAGCUCUGGCGCAACCUCCGACGUAUCUGUACUCUCGAGAUCUUCUCCGCCGCUCGUCUCAGAGAAUCUUUUGAGAUACGGAGAGAUGAAGUGAGAGCUCUGCUUCAGACAAUCCACGCGGCGACAACAAAAUCAGGAGGGGAUAAGGAACACUUUGUCAGGUUGGAGCUACGACCGUUGCUUUCGGGGCUUACGUUUAACAUCGUUAUGAGAAUGGUCGCCGGGAAAAGAUACUACGGAGAGGAGAACGAGGAAGCUAAGGAAGUGAGGGAGCUUAUUAGCGAAGCGUUUGUGCUCGGUGGGUUUACUUACGUCGGUGACUUUCUUCCGGUUCUGAAGCUGUUUGAUUUCGAUGGUUACGUUAAGAGAGCGAAGAGACUCGGCUCGAAGCUGGACAAGUUUCUGCAGAAACUAGUCGACGAGCAUAGAAGAAACAGAGGAAAAACAGAGUUCGAGAACACGAUGAUCACUCACUUGCUUACACUUCAAGAAUCUCAACAUGAUUAUUACACGGACGAGAUCAUCAAAGGACUAGUACAGGUGAUGUUAGUUGCCGGGACCGACACAACCGCGGUGACACUAGAGUGGGCCAUGGCUAACCUUCUAAACCAUCCAGAGGUUUUAGUGAAAGCGAAGACGGAGCUAAACGCCGUAGUCUCAAGAGAAGGCCGUUUAAUGGAGGAAUCAGAUAUAGCCACAUGUAAAUAUCUCAGCAACGUGAUAUCAGAGACUCUUCGUCUCUAUCCUGCAGCGCCAUUGCUGGUCCCACACGCUUCAUCAGAUAACUGCAAAGUUUCCGGGUAUGAUAUUCCACGUGGCACAUGGCUAUUCAUUAACGCAUGGGCUAUCCAGAGAGACCCAAAGGUAUGGGAUGAACCAGAGAUUUUUGAACCGGAAAGGUUUGAUAGUGAAGAGUCAAAGACCCAUCAUCAUGGUAAGUUUAUACCUUUUGGAAUGGGUAGAAGAGCGUGUCCUGGUAUGGGGCUAGCUCAUCUUGUGUUGGGAUUGGCUUUAGGGUCAUUGAUACAGUGUUUUGAUUGGGAGAGAGAUGAUGAUGUGGCGGUUGACAUGUCGGAAGGAAAGGGUCUUACGAUGCCUAAAGCAGUGCGUUUAGUCGCCAAGUGCAAGUCUUCUCCAAUCUUAGACCAAGUUGCUUUCUAAUACCAAGUGAAACAAAACCCUCAAAAAUUGUAAUGUCUAUCAAAAUGAUUGAAUGACUUGUGUCAUUGUAAUGUUACAACUAGUCAUGGGCAUUUUAUCCGAAACCCGAAAAUCGAACCGG